AUGUCAGGGUCAGGGUUUGACAACCUCAACACAGAUUUCUACCAGUCCAGCUACAGUGUAGAUGACCAAGGGCAACCUGCUGGAUAUGGCUACAGUAACACAGAAGAUCCCUACAAACAGUAAGUUUUGUCAACCUGUUAACAGUGCAUUAAGCAUGAAGUGCUGUGAGAGGCUCGUUAAGGACCAUAUUACCGCUGCCUUACCUGACAUCCUAGACCUAGUACAAUAUGCAUACCGUCCCAACAGAUCCACAGACGACGCAAUCACCAUUGCGCUGCACACUGCCCUAUCCCACCUGGACAAGAUAAAUACCUAUGUAAGAAUGCUGUUCGACUUCAGCUCAGCCUUCAACACCAUAGUGCCCUCCCAAGCUCAUCACUAGGCUCAGGGUCCUGGGUCUGAACCCCUCCAUGUGCAACUUGGUCCUGUACUUCCUGACGGGCCGACCUCAAGUGGUGAAGGUAGGCAACAACACCUCCGCCACGCUGAUCCUCAACACGGGAGCCCCACAGGGGUGCAUGCUCAGCCCCCUCCUAUACUACCUGUUCACCCAUGGCUGCGUGGCCACGUACGUCUUCAACUCAAUCAUCAAGUUUGCUGAUGACCCAACAGUUGUAGGCCUGAUUACCAACCACGAUGAGACAGCCUACAGGGAGGAGGAGAGAGCCCUGACAGAAGUGUUACAAGGAAAAUAACCUCUCCCUCAAAGUUCCUCUGUGUGCACAUCACUGAUGACCUGAAAUGGUCCCUUCACACAGACAGUGUGGUGAAGAAGGCGCAACAGUACCUCUUUAACCUCAGGAGGCUGAAGAAAUGUGGGUUUGCCCCUAAGACCCUCACAAACUUCUACAGAUGCACUAUUAAGAGCAUCCUGUCAGGCUGUAUCACCACCAGUUACCUCAAUAGUACUGUCUGUAACCGGGCAGGGCUCUCCAGAGGGUGGUGCGGUCAGCCCAACGCAUCACCGGGGGCACACUGCCUGCCCUCCAGGACAUCUACAGCACCCAGUGUCACAGGUAAGGCAUAGAAGAUCAUCAAGGACCUCUGCCACAUGAGCCACAGCCUGUAUAUCCCUCUACCAUCUGCAAGGAGACAGUACAGGUGCAUCAAAGCUGGAACCGAGAGACUGAUAAACAGCUAUCUCCAGGCCAUCAGACUGUUAAACAGUCACCACUAGCCGGCCUCCACCCAGUACCCUGACCUGAACCUAAGUCAAUGUUACUAGCCAGCUACCACCCGGUACUCUACCCUGCACCUUAGAGACUGCACUAUGUACAUAUACAGUACCAGUCAAAAGUUUGGACACCUACUCAUUCAAGGGUUUUUCUUUAUUUUUACUAUUUUAUACAUUAUAGAAUAAUAGUGAAGACAUCAAAACUAUGAAAUAACACAUGUAGUAACCAAAAAAGUGUUAAACAAAUCAAAAUAUAUUUUAUAUCUGAUGCAGCACUCCAUCACUCUCCUUCUUGGUAAAAUAGCCUUUACACAGCCUGUAGGUGUUUUGGGUCAUUGUCCUGUUGAAAAACAAAUGAUAGUCCCACUAAGCCCAGACCAGAGGGGAUGGCGUAUCGCUGCAGAAUGCUGUGGUAUCCAUGCUGGUUAAGUGUGCCUUGAAUUCUAAAUAAAUCACAGACCGUGUCACCAGCAAAGCCCCCCACACCAUCACACCACCUCUUCCAUGCUUUACGGUGGGAACUACACAUGCAGAGAUCAUCCGUUCACCCACACCGCGUCUCACAAAGACACGGCGGUUGGAACCAAAGGACAAAUUUCCACCGGCCUAAUGUCCAUUGCUCGUGUUUCUUCAAUUGCAGUUCUCUUCUUCUUAUUGGUGUCCUUUAGUAGAUGACCUGGCCUCCACAAUCCCCCGACCUCGACCCAAUUGAGAUGGUUUGGGAUGAGUCGGACAGCAGAGUGACGGAAAAGCAGCCAACAAGUGCUAAGCAUAUGUGGGAACUCCUUCAAGAUUGUUGGAAAAGCAUUCCAGGUGAAGCUGGUUGAGAUAAUGCCAAGAGUGUGCAAAGCUGUCAUCAAAGCAAACGGUGGCUAUUUGAAGAAUAUAAAAUAUAAAUAUUUUGAUUUGAUUAACACUUUUUGGGUUACUACAUGAUUCCAUGUGUGUUAUUUCAUAGUUUUGAUGUCUUCAAUAUUAUUAUACAAUGUAAAAAUAAAGAAAAACCCUGGAAUGAGUAGGUGUGUCCAAACUUUUGACUGGUACUGUGUGUAUAUGUAUCUCUGCAAAAAAAGAAAGGUCCCCUUUUCAGGAUUUGUCUUUCAGAGAUCAUUUGUAAAAAUCCAAAUAACUUCACAGAUCUUCAUUGUAAAUGGUUUAAACACUGUUUCCCAUGCUUGUUCAAUGAACCAUAAACAAUUAAUGAACAUGCACCUGUGGAACAGUCAUUAAGACACUAACACCUUACAGACGGUAGGCAAUUAAGGUCACAAUUAUGAAAUCUUAGGACACUAAAGAGGCCUUUCUACUGACUCUAAAAAACACCAAAAGAAAGAUGCCCAGGGUCCCUGCUCAUCUGCGUGAACGUGCCUUAGGCAUGCUGCAAGGAGGCAUGAGUACUGCAGAUGUGGCCAGGGCAAUAAAUUGCUAUGUCCGUACUGAGACGCCUAAGACAGCGCUACAGGGAGACAGGACGGACAGCUGAUCGUCCUCGCAGUGGCAGACCACGUGUAACAACACCUGCACAGGAUCGGAACAUCCGAACAUCACACCUGUGGGACAGGUACAGAAUGGCAACAACAACUGCCGGAGUUACACCAGGAAUGCACAAUCCCUCCAUCAGUGCUCAGACUGUCCGCAAUAGGCUGAGAGAGGCUGGACUGAGGGCUUGUAGGCCUGUUGUAAGGCAGGUCCUCACCAGACAUCACCGGCAACAACGUCGCCUAUGGGCACAAACCCACCGUCGCUGGACCAGACAGGACUGGCAAAAAGUGCGCUUCACUAACAAGUCGCGGUUUUGUCUCACCAGGGGUGAUGGUCGGAUUCGCGUUUAUCGUCGAAGGAAUGAGCGUUACACCGAGGCCUGUACUCUGGACCGGGAUCGAUUUGGAGGUGGAGGGUCCGUCGUGGUCUGGGGCGGUGUGUCACAGCAUCAUCGGACUGAGCUUGUUGUCAUUGCAGGCAAUCUCAACGCUGUGCGUUACAGGGAAGACAUCCUCCUCCGUCAUGUGGUACCCUUCCUGCAGGCUCAUCCUGACAUGACCCUCCAGCAUGACAAUGCCACCAGCCAUACUGCUCGUUCUGUGCGUGAUUUCCUGCAAGAAAGGAAUGUCAGUGUUCUGCCAUGGCCAUCAAAGAGCCUGGAUCUCAAUCCCAUUGAGCACAUCUGGGACCUGUUGGAUCGGAGGGUGAGGGCUAGGGCCAUUCCCCCCAGAAAUGUCAGGGAACUUGCAGGUGCCUUGGUGGAAGAGUGGGGUAACAUCUCACAGCAAGAACUGGCAAAUCUGGUGCAGUCCAUGAGGAGGAGAUGCACUGCAGUACUUAAUGCAGCUGGUGGCCACACCAGAUACUGACUGAUACUUUGGAUUUUGACCCCCCUUUGUUCAGGGACACCUUAUUCAAUUUCUGUUAGUCACAUGUCUGUGGAACUUGUUCAGUUUAUGUCUCAGUUGUUGAAUCUUGUUAUGUUCAUACAAGUAUUUACACAUGUUAAGUUUGCUGAAAAUAAACGCAGUUGACAGUGAGGAUGUUUCUUUUUUUGCUGAGUUUAUAUAUAUAUAUAUAGUGUGGGAAAUGUUUUCCUGGCACAUGUUAGGUCUCUUGAUACCAAUUGAGCAACGUUUCCAUGCCCCGAAGAAUUCAGGCUGUUCUGGAGGCAAAGGGGGCGCCGACGCGAUACUAGAUGGGUGUACCUAAUAAACUGGCCACUGAGUGUGUGUGUGUGUGUAUAAUAUAUAUAUAUUCUGGACUCUGACAUUGCUCGUUCUGAUAUUCCUUUUCUUUAUUUAGAUUUGUUGGUAUUAUGUGCGUAUUGCUAGGUAUUAUUACUGCACUGUUGGCGCUAGAAACACAAACAUUUCGCUGCACCUGCGAUAGCAUCUGCAAAUAUGUGUAUGCGACCAAUAAACGUUAAUUUGAUCUGUCACUUUUCUAACUCGAUGUGAUCUGAGAAUAGCUACACAUUAGAAAAGCCUGUCAACAAUUUGAAAAACAAUUCAUUUGUCCCUCUGAUUUUUCGCAAGGGCCUGUUUUUCUACUUCUGUUCCCAUGUUGCUUACUAGAUUGAGACAUGACAUGUUUGUGUUUAACCUCUACGGGAUCGGUGUCCCGUAUACGGGACGGUUGAGCUAACGUGCGCUAAUGUGAUUAGCAUGACUGUUGUAAGUAACAGCAAACCUUCCAGGACAUAGACAUAUCUUAUAUGGGAAGAAAGGUUAAAUUAUUAUUGUUAAUCUAACUGCACUGUCCAAUUUACAGUAGCUAUUACAGUGAAAAAAUACCAUGCUAUAGUUUGAGGACAGUGCACAACAACAAACGUAUCACGGCAACUGGUUUGAUACAUUCACCUCUGAAGGUAAAUAAUGUACUUACAUUCAGUAAUCUUGCUCUGAUUUGUCAUCCUAAGGGUCCCAGAGAUAAAAUGUAGCAUAGUUUUGUUUGAUCAAAUCAAUUUAUAUAUUCAAAUGUAGGAACUGGGUUCUACAGUUUUAACCCCUGCUGUCUCUGGCUCCACGACCACCCCGCCCGGCCAUCUAGAUGUGUGAAAGUUAGUGAAUAAGCUUAUGAUCUAUCAUGUAUGACAUUCCUGGGAGUGUGUAAACUUACAUUUUGUAUUACCAUAUACUUUUUGUAUGUUCUCUAGUUAUGUACUCUAAAAUGUAUCAAUUGACCAAUUCGGCACAUUUGGGCAGACUUGAUACAAAAUAGUCCAGUAUUGCAAUGCUUCACUGGAUCAAUCUGAAACUUUGCACACACUGCUGCCAUCUAGUGGCAAAAAUGUGCCUAAACCGCAAUAUUAUAUUGUGGCCUUUCUCUUGCAUUGCAAAGAUGAUGGAACAAAAAAAUUAAUCAAACGCAUGUUUUUUUUGUUUGUAUUAUCUUUUACCAGAUCUAAUGUGUUCUACAUUAAUUCACAAUUCCCCAAACUUCAGUGUUUCCUUUCAAAUGGUAUCAAGAAUAUGCAUAUCCUUGCUUCAGGUCCUGAGCUACAGGCAGUUAGAUUUGGGUAUGUCAUUUUAGGUGAAAAUUGAAAAAAAAGGGUCCAAUCCUUAAGAGGUUAACAAAGCCAUGGAUGUGUUCUGAGAAGUGUGCCUAUGUCUCCACCCAGGGGUCAAUAUGGUCAGUAUGACUACUCCCAGCCAAUGGGAUACGCAGCCCCAGGGAUGAUGCAACCUCAGCAGCCCUACACCGGCCAGAUCUACCAGCCCACACCAGCCUUCACACCUUCCCCCACACAGUCCAUGUAUGGCAGCAGCUUUGACGACGAGCCCCCGCUGCUGGAGGGUAAGGAUAACCCAGUGGUGAGACUCCACAGGGGAAAAGGGUGGUAAAGAAUGCUAACCCAAUUGCUUGAUCCCAGAUCAAACCCUUUCCUCCACCUCCCUAGGCACCUUUGUUGAUCUGAGAGGAUUGGCUAGCUAAGCAAUAUGGCAGAAAUUCCCCUUGACCUAUCAGAAGCCAGGUGGAGAUUUUCGAUUGGAUCCUAUCCUCUCAGACCUACACUAGUGCAUAGGGGCUAGAGCAUAAGGCCUUCAUACUUGGGAUCAAUUGGGGGAAUUAAAUACAGGAAUUUCACAAGGUGAAAGAGUGGGCAGAGGUCAGGGGAGCACUAUGAUGGGUUUCGGAUGUCUUUAAAUCAAAUGUUAUGUCACAUGCUUAGUAAACUACAGGUCACUAACAGUGAAAUUACUACUCUGGCCCUUACCAACAACGCAGAGAAAAAUAUACAAAUAAUGAGGAAUAAAUACAGUAACGAUAACUUGUCUAUAUACACGGGGUACCAGUACCGAGUCGAUGUGCAGGGGUACGAGGUAAUUGAGGUAGAUAUGUAAAUAUAGGUAUGGGUAAAGUGACUAGGCAACAGGAUAGAUAAUGAACAGUAGCAGCAGCGUAUGUGAUGAGUCAAAAGAGUUGGUGCAAAAAGGGGCUCAAUGUAGAUACUCCAGGUAGCUAUUUGGUUAACUACUGUAUUUAACUAACUAUUUAGUGGUCUUAUGGCUUGGGGGUAGAAGCUGUUCAGGGUCCUGUUGGUUCCAGACUUGGUGCAUCGGUACCACUUGCCGUGUGGUAGCAGAGAGAAGAGUCUUACUUGGGUGGCAGGAGUCUUUGACAAUUUUUAGAGGCUUCUUCUGACACCGCCUGGUAUAGAGGUCCUGGAUGGCAGGGAGCUCGGCCCGAGUGAUGUACUGGGCCGUACGCACUACCCUCUGUAGCGCCUUGCGGUCGGAUGCCAAGCAGUUGCCAUACCAAGCGGUGAUGCAGCCAGUCAAGAUGCUCUCAGUGGUGCAGCUGUAGAACUGUUAGAUCUUUAGUGGGAUCUGUUCUGGAUCCAUGUUGCAUUCCCUCUGAGGGGAAAGUCUAGUUAAGUCAGAGCUGCCCAGUUAUCCAGCUGUGUGCACUAAAUGGGUCAGCAGUCAGGGAGGAGUCACCAGAGCCAUCCUGCUAAACUGGUGAAUGGCUCCAAGUAAGGUGAUAAUCUUAUGUUGGAGGAAGGCAUACAUCUUCCACUCCACUCAUCUGAUCCAUUGGUGUCAUAAUGAGACACGUGUUCUCGUCAUAAAAAAAUACAGUUUUCCUUUGCUUGUAAUGUCUCUUAAAUUUUAAAGUGUAUUUCAUUCUAGGGGGUAUAUAGAUUUUUUUCAGACUAUUGUAUGAUUGAGUGGUCCCAACUCUCACCCAACCCUUUGUCUUAUAUCUGACAUUGUUUUAAUAUCCUUUCAUGCGUUUGCCUCAGAAUUAGGCAUAAACUUUGACCACAUCUGGCAGAAGACACUGACAGUACUCCACCCCAUGAAGGCAGCAGACGGUAACAUUAUGAACGAGACUGACCUGGCUGGACCCAUGGUGUUCUGUCUGGCCUUCGGCGCCACCUUACUUCUGGUAAGAACUAUUCUAUUGAUGCAGUACAGCACUUGAACACUUACACGGGAUCAGUAUGUAUUUGUCAUUUUACCGUGUGCUAUAAGAUUGGUUGUCCUGGGAAUAGAUGACUAUAUGUAAAAGCAGAUUUCUGAUGAGUUGUCUACAAGUUCCUGUCUCUGUCUAUCUGCUACAGACAGGAAAGAUCCAGUUUGGCUAUGUGUACGGCAUCAGUGCCAUCGGCUGCCUGGGGAUGUACUGCCUCCUCAACUUAAUGAGCAUGACCGGCGUGUCGUUUGGCUGUGUCGCCAGCGUACUGGGCUACUGCCUGCUACCCAUGAUCCUCCUUGCCAGCUUCGGAGUCAUCUUGUCUUUACAGUAAGUACAAACAUGGGCCUGAGAAGAGGUUAGCUCCAAUAUAGUAAGGUCCUCUGUCACUAGAAUAUAGAGCGGACCGGUGGAUUGUAAGUGUCAGGUGGUGCACAACAUCAUUUUAUAAUGGGCCUUUGACUUUUCAUGCUCUUAUUUGUUUAUGGCGAAUUAAAGUGCAAUUAUCUUAAUCAAUCCAGGUUUUCCACCACAAAAAAAAUUCUGCCAAGGUAGUGUGGUUGGGGUGAUCCGGGGGCAUGCCGACCUUUAACUAACUGUUCUAACUUGCUUUUCUUUACCUUUUUCAGAGGCAUGUUUGGAAUAAUCAUCGCAGCCACGAUAAUUGGCUGGUGCAGUUUCUCUGCUUCCAAGAUCUUCAUCUCGGCCCUGGCCAUGGACGGACAGCAGCUUCUG